GGAGCGCGCCCGUCAGGAAGUGACGUGUCGAGGAGAGCCAGAGGAAGUUUGUGCGGGCGCAGGGAGAGAAAGUUUCCCCGGAGCUGAGACGCUUGGAGCGGGAAGAAUCCAGACGGAGCCGCCGCUGCUGCACCGGAGCUCACCAGCCGAAAAAACGCGUCGAGCGGCGGGUGGAUGUGGUUUGGGGCUGCGGUGGAUCCGUGUGUCCGUGUGAUCGUCUGCCUCUCCGCCGAGGGAUGGGGAAGGAGCAGGAGCUGCUGGAGGCGGCGCGCACUGGGAAUCUGGCCGCCGUUGAGAAGCUCCUGUCCGGGAAGCGGCAAUCGGCCGGCUCGGGCUCCGCCGGUGGAGCGGGAUCCUCCGGGAAUGUGGGUACUGGCGGACACAGCUCUUCCCAUACGCUCUCCAGUCUGCUCAGUAUCUGGAGGGGCCCGAAUGUGAACUGCGUGGACAGCACUGGAUACACUCCUCUACACCACGCGGCUCUAAACGGACACAGUGAGGUUGUGGAGCUGCUUCUGCGUAAUGAAGCUCUGACGAACAUCGCUGAUAAUAAAGGCUGCUUCCCUCUGCAUCUGGCGGCCUGGAAAGGAGACCAGCGCAUCGUCAAAAUGCUCAUCCAUCAGGGGCCAUCGCACCCUAAACUCAACGAACAGAGUUCUGUAGAUGAGUUCAAACGCUGCGGCCCAUUUGACCCCUAUAUUAAUGCCAAGAAUAAUGAUAACGAGACGGCGCUGCACUGUGCGUCUCAGUACGGACACACAGCGGUGGUGCAUCUGCUGCUGGAGGAGCUGACCGACCCCACCAUGAGGAACAAUAAGUUCGAGACGCCGCUGGAUCUGGCGGCGCUGUACGGCCGGCUGGAGGUGGUCAAACUCCUGCUGAGCGCGCACCCAAAUCUGCUCAGCUCCAACACCAGAAAACACACACCGCUGCAUCUGGCGGCCCGCAACGGACACCUGCCUGCGGUGGAGGUGCUGCUGGCGGCCGGAGUGGACAUCAACUACCAGACAGAGAAAGGCAGUGCCCUUCAUGAAGCAGCUCUGUUUGGAAAGACAGAAGUGGUGCAAAAACUGCUCAAAGCAGGUAUAGAUGUGAAUAUCGUGGACAGUAAGAAUCUGACAGCGCUGGACACUGUUAGAGACAUGCCCUCGCAGAAGAGUCGACAGAUCGCUGGACUCAUACAAGCUCAUAUGAGCGGCUGUCCUGCAGACUUCAGUCUUCCUCCUCCACCAGUGCCUCCUCCUCAAGACGGACUCAGCCCCAAGAGAAAAGGAGAAGUGAAGCAGCAGCAGCAGCAGCAGCAGAUGAGUGAGCUGGUGUCUGCUGCAGCUCAGUCUCCAGUGGAGGAGUCUCCAUAUGAAGCUCUGUUUGAGGCUCUGUCCUCCUGCCACUCUCUGGACAGCCUGACCAGCGGGAAAUCCUCCGACAGAGACUCCGGACGGCCCGACAGCGACGCCGGCAAGAAAGAGCGUCCUCCAGCUCAGAGUCAACCGGCUCUAGAAGAGGAUCUCAGCUCAGAGGCGAUUUACACUAACAGCAGUGUGGAUGAGCGAAUCGAGCCUCUGGAAGAGGAGGAUCACACAUACGAGCUGCUGGUCACUGCACAGACCAAAACUCCCAACAACACACACAACAAAACUGAUGUGGAGGUCUCUGCAAAGUCUUCCAACAGUGUCCUACCUCAGCGAAAGACCGCCGCACACAUCGACCUGCGACCUCCAGUGUCCGACACACACACACUGCAGCCGCCUGCACCUGCGUUCAGCUCCGACAUCAGCUCUGGCGUUCCUGAGCAGUUCACUGGUCUUCUUCACGGCUCCUCGCCGGUUCUGGACUGUCGGGAAAUUUCCGGUGAGAUUCCGGUUUCCGAGACUCUUCCCAAACCGGCGCUGAUCAUGGAAGCCCUCCUGCAGGACACCGACCCCAAAGCCAUCUACGCCACGGUGCACAAAGAGCCCAGGGAUUCGCCCAAACGCAGCUCUCCGGCGCGCGAUCCUGCGGUGACCAGGAGGAAGCCUCCGCCGCGGGAUCUCCAGCUAGCACGUAGCCUUUCCAAAUCCGACUCUGACCUGCUGGUGUCGCCGCCGGGGGAAGAAGACGUGGGAUUGGUUGGUCGAAGUGAGUCGGUGUCAAACUGCAGCAUCAGUAAGAGAAGGCUGGAAAAAUCACCUUCCUUCACUUCGGAGUGGGACGAGAAACAAAGACAUUCUCUUGUUAUCCCAUGGAGACAUCGGCCGCCACAAAGAAUUGAGAAGAUCAUGACUCUGAUUGGUGCUGGCAUUGACUUCUCCAAAGACCAGGACUGCUCAGGUGGAUCUGGGAGGCUUCUGGAGCAGCCGGUUGGGGAUUGGCUGGAGCAUAUAGGCCUUCCGCAGUACGAGAGCAAACUACUGCUCAACGGAUUCGAUGACCUGCGCUACAUGGGGAACGAUGUAAUGGAAGAGCAAGAUCUGAGAGAAAUCGGCAUCACAGAUCCUGGACAUCGCAGAAAGAUCCUCAGCGCCGCUCGCUCUUUACCCAAGGUGAAGGCGUUGGGUUGUGACGGCAGCUCAUCUCUGGCUGCGUGGCUGGAUCUUCUGGGUCUUCAGGAGUACCUGCACAACUUCCUGUCUAGCGGAUAUCGAACACUGGAGUGUGUGAAAAACCUGUGGGAGCUGGAGAUCGUCAAUGUGCUAAAGAUCACAUUAUUGGGCCACAGGAAACGCAUCAUCGCAUCACUCGCUGAACGGCCCUAUGAGGAGCCUCCAGUCAAACCACCGCGCCUCUCUCAGAUCAGAUGUCAGGAUCUGGUGUCUCAGACGUCGUCUCCUCUCAGUCAUUCAGACUCCUACACUCGCUCUAUGGACCCGCUUUUACCUGCAGGGGAUUCUGGGAAGAGGAGAGGGCCGGAUUCAGAGUACGAUCUGGCCGUCCGGCAGCGGCCCAAUGACAGGCCGCAGACACAGGAGCGAUAUGAGGACCGGCAGCGUCUGACCCUGCGGCCCCCGAGUCUGGCAGCCCCAUACACCCCCGUCCAGAACUGGCACCAUCAACCCGAGAAGCUGAUCUUUGAGGCCUGCAGUUACGAGGCCAAUUAUCUGGGCUCGAUGCUCAUUAAAGAGCUCAGAGGAACGGAGUCGACGCAGGACGCCUGUGCUAAAAUGAGGAGGUCGACAGAACAGAUGAAGAAGAUCCCCACUAUCGUCCUCUCCAUCACAUACAAGGGCGUGAAGUUCAUUGAUGCUGCCAAUAAGAACAUCAUAGCAGAGCAUGAGAUCAGGAACAUCUCGUGUGCGGCUCAGGACCCGGAGGAUCUCUGCACCUUCGCCUACAUCACUAAAGAUCUGCUGAGCAGCCAUCAUUACUGCCACGUCUUCAGCACCGUCGACGUGAACCUGACCUAUGAGAUCAUCCUGACGCUGGGACAGGCGUUUGAAGUGGCCUAUCAGCUGGCACUGCAGGCCCAGAGGAGCCGCCAGCAGCAGAGUUCAGCCGGAGCAGCAGAACUCAUCGAGACCAAGAGCAGCAGACCCGUCCCCAAACCACGGGCCAGCAUGCGCAAGUCUGGGGUGGAGGCGAUGGAUGUGGACGCUCCCGGUCAGAGUAGCGCUUCCUGGAUCCUGGACUCCAAAGACCCCAAACGCACCGUCAGCACCAACUGACCACUGUGUCGGAUGCCAAACUCAAAAGAAGGUUGGGAUGCCAAUGACAGCGUGGAUGAAAAAUCACUUGUGUUACGUGUGUGAGUGUGUGUUUAUGUAGAUAUACUGUAUGUAAGUGUCUCUCUCACACACACAGGGAAAUCAAACCUCCAUCCGUCAGCAGGUUUUCAUCUCAUACACACGAGCCAAAGGCACACAAAGUGUCCCGUCCGCACGCUAUUUUAACACAAGCUCUCCCUCUGCACAACAUCUUGCUUUUACACUGCAAAAAUGCAAGGAUUGUGUCUUAUUUUUAGCCCAAAUAUCUAAACAUGUCUAAAUCAAGAAGAAUUUUCUAGACUAGCACUGAAUAUAGUGUUGUUUUUACAAAUACUGAGUCCAAAUGAAGAGAGUUUCUCAUUAAAACAAGCAGAAUAAUCUGAAAAUGGGGUUGUUUUAAGGAGAAACUCACUUCAUUUCAGCAUAUUAACUCUUAAAACAACACUAUAUGUUUUGCUUGUCUAAAAAAUGCUUCUUGAUUUAAGAGUUGUUAGACAUUUGGACUCGACACAGGACUGAAAAUGUUUUGCAGUGUAUGAGAUGUCAGUUUUGGAACACUGGAAACGAGCGUCAGUCUCUAUAUUCUCUAUUAGAGGCAGUGUUUUGCUUUGUUUUGAUUGCGAAUCGACAAGUUACACACUUGUUUCUCCUGUAACUUCAGACAAACGGACGCUCUUUCAUCCUUCAAAGUGCAGAUGAUUCGGUCUUGUUUGAUAAACUCCUAAAGAUAAAGCAGUUAGUCAGAAAACACUGAUUUCAGCUCAGCAGAACUGAUUUAAGAGUUCAAUUUUGUCUUCUGAUGUCCAGUUACUGAAAUACUCCACUUUAUUUUGGAAAUAGACUCAUAUUACAGCCCUCCUACAGUUAAACACUUGAGUUUUAUCAUGUUUGAGUCCUUUCAGCCAAUCUCUGGGUCUGGUUGGAUCACUUUUAGCUUAGCUUAGCAUAAAUCAUUGAAUCGGAUUAGACCGUUAGCAUCUCACUUUUAAAAAUAAAAUGAGUUUCAGCACUUUUCCUAUUUACAGCUUGACUCUUCUGUAGUUACAUCAUGUACUGAGAGUGACAAUGAUAUUAUGCAGAGCUUUUACCUAGUUUACCUGCUUAUCUUUAGGUCCUGCAUAUUAUAAUUGCACCGCUUUAGCCAGGGUACGACAGCAACGUUCCUUGAUUAAUACGCCAGAACGAGAUUAUAGUUGCUAGCCAUAUUGACCUAGAAAAUAGCAACUUUUCUUUUCCCAUCAGUCUUAGUGCACGAUGUGACUACAGAAGACUCAAGCUUUAUCUAGGAAAAUUAUACAUUUAUUCAGUGAGAUGCUAAUGGUCUAAUCCGAUUCAAUGAUUUAUGCUAAGCUAAAAAUGUUCGUGCUAAACCCCAGCUGAAUGGAUUAAAAAUGUUAAAACUCAACUAUUUAACUGUAGAAGAGCUGUAAAAUGAGACUAUUUCCAAAAAUAAAUAAAGAAAUGGGUUUCCUUUAACAACAAUCCAUCCAUAAAAUGAGAUAUUGGAUUUUACUGUCAGUAUUUCAAGUCCGGUUAAAGUACAGAUGUUUUUACAAUAUGGGCUAGAAAUUUCAAGCAUUGUCAGCUAUGGUGUGAUCAUUUUAAUAGGAAAUCUUUGGGGACAGAUACUGUCAUGGGAGCUAUAUUAUGUGUUGUGAUGUCUUACGGUACACUAUGAUGAUCAGUUAAUAAGUGAGAAUGGUACAGUCCAGAUCUUGCUACUUGUAGUGACUUACACGUAUACUGUGAUUCCUAACACAAAACCAUGGGUUAAUGUGACACUACAAACAACGGAGAGUUGUUUUAUUUUCAUUACAUGUAGAGUUUCUCUCUUUCUUUACGAUGAUUACAUUGCAGAAAGCAGGCUUUGUCUAAAUAAAUAUACAGCAUAUAAACAGAUGAAAAGGUCCAGAGUUAGAAUUAGCAUACCUGUAUGUCAUGGACAAGCCUGCCUUUUGUUUAUCUGUAGAUAUGAAUGCAUAAUAAUGAGGUGUAGAUGGGAAAUAUUCCUGUAUACAGUACGUUUAGCCUUAGUUUACUCCGAUUUUAAGUCUGGUACUUUUUAUUUGUAUGAUUUUUCUUGAUUUAUUUUAAACAUGGUACAUUAAUAAUGGGUACAGUGCUAAAUACAAGCAGAUGCUAAUGCUAGCACCUGUAACAUCCGCAGUGUUUGCACAACUAAUCACGUUAGCGAAUACACGUUUGGAUCAUAGUCAUGGCUAGAUGAUGAGAAUAUCAACAAUAAGGAUCUGUACAGUAAUCCUGGGUGGUGUGUCUUUUGAUACUUGAAUGAUUCUGCUUUUAUAGAUCUCUCUCUCUCUCUCUCUCUCUCUCUGUAUAUGUAUAUGUAUGUACUGUAUGUAUUUUGUUUGCUUUCUGGUCCUGUUGUCGUCACAUCUAGAGAGGAACGUCUUUUUAAAGCUCAACAUAUCAUGAUGCGAGACUGACGACGGUAUCUCUGAGAGACACAGAAUCAAAGAGAACGAUUGUAAAUAAUCCUGGGCUUCCAGUCUUUUUUAUGAUUAUUAUUUUUCAUAAUUGUACAUCCAAUAAAUGAAGAGAUGCUA